GUACAUUUGGGCAAUUAGUCGGACCAGUUUUUGUACAAUAACCCAUAAUGUGUUUGUUAUGUUGGAAAAAUUAUUCUUUUGUACUUAAAUUACAAGUCCAGUUGUGAGUGAGAGCUGACAGGGAGAGAAACAGUAUUCUCACCAGCUCUGUUGUGAAUCCUGAUACCAUGGGGAUAUUAGAGGACACAUUUGGUGAAUUCUGUGAGCCUGAGUCUGGGAAGAAGACAACUGUAAAGCGUUAUACUCUCACGAGUCCAUCAGGAGUUGAGGUUCAGGUGAUUUCAUAUGGGGCAGGAGUAAGUGCCAUCUUGGUUCCAGAUAAAUCUGGAAAAAAGGAGCAUGUUACUCUUGGCUUUGACAAAUUGGAAGGUUAUGAAGAAUUCAGCUACCAGGGCAGCAGUGUUGGUCGCCAUGCCAACCGCAUCAACAAGGGAAAGCUCUCCAUCGAUGGACAGUCCUGGCAGCUGAGUAUCAACAAUGAUGCAAAUCAUCUUCAUGGUGGCAAGAGAGGCUGGGAUAAGUAUGUUUGGGAAAGCUGUGUAGUUGAUGGCAGUGUUGUGUUCUCACGUUUAAGUCCUGAUGGAGAAGAAGGUUAUCCUGGGGAUGUGUUGGCUCAGGUUAAAUACACAUUGAACAAUGAUGGCGCACUUCGGAUUGACUUUGAGGCCAUGACUACACGCGCUACACCAAUUAAUAUGACCAACCACUGUUUCUUCAACUUGGCAGGACAUGAUGCUGGUCAGAAAGGCAUCUUUGAGCAUGUUGUGAAGGUGAAUGCAGACUGUUAUACUCCUGUAACAGAGGAUCUCAUACCAACAGGGGAGUUGGCACCGGUCGGAGGUACAGGAUUUGACUUGCGUAGUCCCAUCACAUUUGGAGAGGCUCUUCCUAAGGUCCCGGGUGGAGGCUUUGACCACAACUUCUGUCUUCAUCACAAGCACAGGGGAGAGCUGGAGUUUGCUGCUCGGUUCCAUCACCCACCUACAGGUCGUGUGCUAGAAGUGUACACCACCGAGCCAGGAGUUCAGAUUUACACUGGCAACUUCUUACCCAAAGAAGACGGCAAAAUGGUGGGAAGGAACGGCUCGUCUUACACUUACCAAGGAUCUGUUUGUUGUGAACCACAGAACUUCCCUAAUGCUGUAAAUCAGGAUAAUUUCCCCAAUGAUGUGACACGACCAGGAAAGUCCUACAGGCACUCCAUGAUGUACAAGUUUAUUGUAGAUAGAGAAGUAAUGUGAGUCAACAGCAAAGGCACUCUGGGAUACAGGCGCGUCUCCAUGCCAAAUUUCAACUCUAUCUUCAACCACACCAACAAACAGACACUUAAUUUCUAAAUAGGUAACAUACUACACAGAUAGAUAUAGUAUUAUAUUCUCAUCACCAUCUUCACCAUAAUGCACAAACUGUCUUCAGAAUCAUAUGUGAUAAAAAACUGUGAUGGGUAAUGGAAGUAAAAAUUAUUAUUUUUAGAAAAUUUCGUAGCUUUAUAAAUACUGUAAAUAAGUGUAGGUGAGAGAAUGCUAACAAGUUUAAAAGUACAAUUUAGUACAAAGAUGAAUUUAUUGUAUUUUAGUCAACUGAAAUUCUGUACACUGAAUAUUUUUAAAUUUAAGUAUGUUUGUACUACUGUACUUUUACUGUAUUUUCCUUAGAGAAUCUGCUUAUUGGUGUGAAAUCAGGUAUUCAACACUAAAAGGUUGAUCUCGUGUUUACAGAGUCAUUAAAAUGUGCUGACAACUAACAUCACUCUUUACUCUCAUUGGAAAAGACUACAGUACAUGAUACUGUAUGGUGAAGGAAUGUAAUUCUUUUAAUAAUUAAAACUACCUUUUGAUUUUAUUUGAAAAGUCCUUCUCCCUUUGAGCUCUCAGCUCUGCUUGUACUUGCACCUUAGUAUGUUUCCUGUUUAUUCUAUGACAUCCUUUAUUACUAAUUUUAAGAACCCUCCAUGUAUGUAUUUGUGUGUACAGUACUGUAUUAUCAUUAAAGCUUGUGUUCCAGAAUGAGAAAAUUUUAAUACAAAUGGGCAUUAUUUUACACUGGCUAACAGAGCAAUUAGAUUUAAGUGCCAGAUGCCAUUUUACUUCUAUGCAGUUAAAUAAGAUUAUCAGAUUAU